UGUUAUUUUGAACCCGAACGAUAACACCCGUAUGUAUUACAGCUGAGUGAUGCCAUGCGUUCUGGUUUUUCUGUCACCGUCUUUGGCAUUAUCUUCUGUGCUGUAUGCAUUUUGCUGCCAGCUCACACACAAAACACUCCGUUAAAACCCCUCGGUCCUGUGAUUACGACAUCGACCCUCAUAAUACCAGACCAGAAUUCCACGUUUACGUGCCAGUCGUACCUCGGCUAUGGGGCGCCCGAGCUGUCAUGGCUGUUCGGAUCGAUCGCCUACACCAGCGGCCAAGUAGACGUGCUCGUCGGCGACAAACUGUACAACUCUAGUACCAACCUGACGAUCACCAUGAGAAAAGAGGAUCAUGGGAAGGUUCUCGCCUGCGUCAUGAGACACAAGUUGACCGACACCAUACUGAAUGACACGAAAUAUCUGUAUAUAAGGGCUAAGUCGGCGGAGGAGGCGGUGAAAGCUACCGACUCUGCGUCAUCGAUUACUGUCGUGUCCAUUGCCGUCCUCGUUGUCGUCAUCGGAGUGCUUUUUGGCAUCAGCUUUUUCUACAUAAAGUAUUCCAACAAGGAACAAAUAAAAGUUAUUCCCAGACGAAUACAGAGCGCGUAUUUCGAGAAGACACCCGCAACGCCUUCCAAAUCGAGUUGGCAAACACGGACAGUUUAGCUGACUCUAGCUCAUGUACAGAGGCUAGGCUCCAGGGGCCUAAUUCACAAAGGUCUCUCAGGCUCUGCUAGACAACAAAGCAUCCUCUUUGAAAGUCUGUUAGCAUCGCACUGCGAGAUCGCAAAGUUGCGAGAGUUUAGUGAAUUAAGCCCCA